UUGAAAAAAGUUCACAAUUGGACCCCUGGAAAACUUAAAUGCAGAAAUGGACCCAGGGGUCGGCGCCAUGCAUCAUGGCGCCGAGGUUUCACGUCUCGGCGCCAUGGAUCACGGCGCCGAGGCCCCUGGCUGCCUUCUGACUUGGAUCCGACGUGGCAGGGAGCUCGGCGCCACAGAUCACGGCGCCGAGCUCGGCGCCACAGAUCACGGCGCCGAGCUCCCUGGUACUAAUCAUCCGACGCCUUCGCUACCAGUUCAUAUUUUCAUCUCCCCUCUCGGCUCUCUCUCUCCAAAAACCGAGCACGAAUUUGGAUUCAAUAUUUGGACCAUCAAAAGUUUGAUUUGUUCCAUAGAUCUUGAAGAGCCAGAAUGCCACGUCGUGGAAAAAGUAGCAAACCAAGCUAUGGCCGGACGACCGGUAGUCCGUACAUCCACAAGCCGCUUCCUAGCGGUGUUCCAGUACCUAUGUGCUUUUGUGGUGAUCCUUGCAAGGUAGAAAUUUCGGAAGACGAGGAAACCUAUCGGCAGAGGUAUUGGAUGUGUUCGAAUUUUGCCUGGGAGCCUACGCCAAAACAACGCCGCAGUAACUUUAUUACCCCUCCACCAUUGUGUGAUUUUGAGCAGUGGAUCGACACUGAGAUUAAGGAGUCCGACAAGCGGCUUCUACAAGGCCUAAAGGAGUGGGAUGCGGAGCGUGCUGAGAUAUUAGAGAAGAGACGUAGAGAGGAGGCUCAAAAGAGGGAGCACAAGGAAGAGGAGGAAAGAAGACGUGUUGCUGCGGCUCGGGAGGAGAGGGAAAAGAAGCUUGAGCGUGUGCGCCGAGCGAAGGCAGCGAUGGAUGAGAAUCCAGAUGCCGAGAGGAAGGGAAAGUGGCCUCGUUGCACUCAGUAGUUACAUUACCUUCUUGUUCUUUGUUUGGUUCAUGGACAAUAUUGUUUUUGUGUUGGACUUUUCAAUUUAUUGUCAUG